UUGUUCACUUGAAACCUUUAUUAAAUAUUAUCUAUUUACGGAGUACGUGCACCAAGUAUUGUGCAAUGACAUUAACAUAGCAAACUUCAGGGUAUAUGAAACAUACAUGCAUGUACCUGUUAAAAUAAAUAAUAAUUUAUACGUAUUUAUAUUUAUAUAUUGACAGUUGCUAUUUGAGUUGUCUGCCCGCACGAACCUUAAAGUAAAGUCAAGCGCGUCUUAUUGUCCCUUACGAAAAUCCCUAGGGCAAGAGACGAAUAGCCAAUAGAAUUUAUGAUCACCCUAGAUCAUUGUUAAGGAAAUUUUCAGGUAAAGAAUAGUUAUUAAGAUUUCAUAGGGAGCGUUAUUCUAGUGGGCGGGGUUAAAAUUGUAAUGUUCCAACCACGCCAUUUACACACAAGGUAAUUUAGAUUGACAACCAACUGUAUGACAAGAGACGAAGAGCGCGUAUAACAUUUUCUUUUAAUUGCAUUUUCAAACCGAGCUGUUUCUACUCCGAACCUGUCUGAAACGAACCUCUGAUUUACAUGUAACUGGGUAAAUCUGUCUCUCAAGGUUUGUUACAAUGGUGGUUAUAGUCCUCUUUCAGCGACAGUUUAAAAAGUGAUUACAUUAAGAAUGGCAAACCGCUGGGCGACAUGUUUUAGGUUAUUUGCAACUCUAAUCUCAAUCCAUGGACUAAAGUUCUCUCAGCCACUGUUGGGAUGAUGAAUUUAGGGUCGAGAGGCUCGAGACGGUCAAAACCCAGGCAUAUUGGACACAGCGGCGCAGGCACGUGAUACGGUUGUAAGCGAUUAAAUGAACACAGCCCAAGUAUAAGAUCUAUUUGUACAUGGUAUCUCAUGGUAAUUGUCAGCUUAGUUAGAAACAAAAUAACUUUCAUAUCUGGCCUUGUAAGGACAACCCGUUUGUAGCUUCUUCGCGUGACCAUGGCUUUACGUGCUCCGUGCGCAUCACGCCACCUGGCUCCUAAUUAACUCGUUUCCGGCUCAUUCCUAUAACCCUGUUUGAACUUAUACUAUUUCUCUUUCUCAAACGUCAUGGUGACAUGCAUUGCGGUGACGUAGGGUCAGUCCGCAAAAGGACAUCCAAUUUUCGAGAUAUUUUUUUUAGUCUUGUUGACUUGGAUGACAGGUGCGUUCAAGCUAAUUUAUCCAAUUAGAGUGCCCCUUACAUAAAUGACAAACCGCACGAUGACACUUCACCUUUCUCCAAGCGUGCGAUGCACGCGAUCGCACACAAACGGUUAUUUACAAGUCGAAUAAUUUAUAUCAAUAAGGGCAUGAGCGUUAUAAAAGAUCGUCGAACUUUGGUGUAAGCAACUUCACUAUGCUAUUGCUGAAGUGUUCAUAUUUAAUACUAGGAUGAAUGUAUACCUUGCUUUAUGCGUGCUGUUGACAGCCGUUAUGCUGUUUCAUUCCCAAAAGAAGGGCCACGCUCAGAAAUUCACCCAAAAGGCACCCGAUGUAGUGAACGUAACUCCUGAGGGAAUCACGACAGAAUCUGUUUAUCUUGAAGAGGGAAUGACGGGGAAAAACACGACAAAUGCCCCGAAUCCACAGAGUGGAAUGCACGUAGAAACCACACAAGAAUCGCCCAAUGCUGAGAGUGCAAAAGAAAAGGGUACCAUGCAGAAGCCGCAGAACCAAGAGGGUGCCUUGGACGAGGAAGAAUCCUUUCCAAAUGAGAUUGAGCAAACAGUUGAACCACAUCGAUGGCUCUGUUUAAAGAAAACGUAUCGUUCGUUCAGCAUUAAGAUCUACUGCAGCUGUGACUCUCUGUGCGUCUUGUACGGUGACUGCUGUUACGGUAUGCCAGAAAACACCAAGGUGUGCGCCGCCUCCACCAAAAUAAAAAAGCAGAAAAGUUCCUCACAUUCUAAAACAAUCCUUGCAUCCAACUUAACAGUAGCUGAAAUUAACAGCACUAUCCUGUCCCAUAACAAAACUUCCUCUUGGGAAUGGCAUGAAAAACCAGGCGAUCCUGUGGCGAUUUCACUGGCACUUAAAAGCUCCUGCAGAAAUCGUCCACAAUUACAAAAACAACUGCCAAAAAAACAACUGCCGCAUGUCGACCGUAAUGGACCACGAUUUUUGAUGGUGGAUCAAUGUCCAUCGUCGUGGUUGGACGAAAAAACCCGUCUUAAGUGCACAGAUACACCAAAUGCUAGCCUCUCAGAAGAUGUGCUCCUGCAACAGCCAGUCACCGACCCAGAUUCAAUGAUCACCUUCAGAAACAAGUACUGUGCAGCUUGUAAUGGUAUCGAGAACGGCUUGGAACCGUGGGGACUGGUCGUCUCUUGCAGAAGAACACUAAUUCACGAUUUUGUAAAUUGUAGCUCCUCGGCUUGUGUGUUAAGAAAACUGGAAAAAGAAAAGUGUAAUGGUAUUUUUGAAGCCAACCUGGAAUGGAAUUUGAGGAUGUGCUUCCGAGAAAUUGAGAACGAUGCCUUUGGUCCUUGUAAGUUCAGACUUAUAAAUGGUAGCGUGUAUCGUUUACCAUUACCAUUACCGCUCCACUCCGCUUUACGAGAUGCUUGCUUGGCGUACAACAACCCUGUUAUCGUAGACGGUUCAGAAGGGAUUGAGAAGAACUACCACUGCAUGGUCUGUUACUACGGGGUACAAUUUUGUGACGAUAUAUAUAAACCACCAGACGAUUUCCGAGCGAUAGAAGAUCUGUCUUUCCGCGCCCUACUGUACGUUGGAGAUCUGAACCGGAACCAGGAUGAUGACGUCAUGACCAUGGUACGUAAGAACACAUGGAAGGAACAGUUAAGAAGUUCGGAAUUUAAUGUUUGACUGGGUUCCAAUACCUAGAUCGAUCGGUUCGACCCAUCUCCAAGGGGUUUCUCGCUAGAUUGCUUUCAGCUUCAGCGGCUUAGAUGUUUGGCACG